CGCGUUGGGUGAGUCAUCAGCGGCGCGCGGCCUGCCCCCAGUGACUCAGCAGCGGCAGCCCGGGUUAUGCUCAGACAUGCCGGGCCGCGGCCCGCGGAAGAGCUAAGCCCCGACUUGCCUUCGUCUGGCGACGCUAUUUAAAGGCGGCCCGGCCCCGCCGCUUCAUGCCAGGGCAGCGCUUCAGCUCAGCCGCGUGUGCGCCCGCCAGGAGCGCCCAGGCAAAUGUGCAACACCAAGAUGUCAGCUGGGUCGGAGGACCGCCUCGGCGCCUCUUCCAUUCCCUACGCCGAGCAAGAGGCGCUGGUUAAACCGAAGCCACUAUUGUUGAAGUUGUUAAAAUUUGCUGGUGCCCAAAAAGACACUUUUACAAUGAAGGAGGUAAUAUUCUAUCUUGGCCAAUAUAUUAUGUCUAAACAAUUAUAUGAUGAAAAACAGCAGCAUAUUGUCCAUUGUGCAGAUGAUCUUCUUGGAGAUCUAUUUGGGGUACCAAGCUUUUCUGUAAAAGAACACAGGAAAGUAUACUCAAUGAUUUCCAGAAACUUGAUAGCAGUUAGUGAACAAGAGUCUAUGGAAGCAAAUGCGUCUGAGAAUGAGACCAGGCGCCAACUUGAAAAAGGCAAUGUUCUAAAGGAAUCCAUGCAAGAGUUAGUUGACGAAAAACAGACAUCCCCAAAUUUGACUGCUAGACCAACUACCUCUUCUAGAAGGAUGCUCAGUGAAUCUGAAGAAAAUUCUUCAGAUGAACAACAUAGUGAAAGAAGAAAACGGCAUAAGUCAGACAGCAUUUCGCUCACAUUUGAUGAAAGCCUUUCUUGGUGUGUUGUAAGUGGGCUAUGCUGCGAAGGAAGCAACAGCAGCGACUCAGUAGACUCUGCAAGUCCUGAUCUUCAUGCCAGUUCAUUAAGCGAAAACUCUGAUUGGUUUGACCAGAGUUCUGUUUCAGACCAGUUCAGUGUUGAGUUUGAAGUUGAGUCCAUUUAUUCAGAAGAUUAUAGCCAUAAUGAAGAAGGACAAGAGCUCACAGAUGAAGAUGAUGAGGUAUAUCAGGUGACGAUCUAUCAGACUGAAGAGAGUGAUGCUGAUUCAUUCGAUGAAGAUCCUGAAAUUUCACUAGCUGAUUAUUGGAAAUGCACUAAAUGCAAUGAAAUGAACCCUCCCCUUCCGCGGCAUUGCCCCAGAUGCUGGGCUCUUCGUGAGGACUGGCUUCCUGAUGAAAAGAAUGACGACAAAUCUGAAAAGCGAAAAUUGGAAAGUUCUACACAGCUAGAGCAUGAAGAGGGUUUUGAUGUUCCCGACUGUAAGAAAGUGAAAAUGAAUGAAGAUAAAGAACUAAGUGUUGAAGAAAGUGAGGAUACAACAGCACAAACUUCUGAAUCCCAGGAAAGUGAGGAAUACUCUCAGCCAUCUACAUCUAGCAAUAUCUUUUGUAGCAGCCAAGAGGAUUGCAAAGAACCUGAGAAAAAAGAGUCGGAAGACAAAGAGGAAAGUAUGGAAUGCAGUCUACCCCUUUCUAGCAUAGAGCCCUGUGUCAUAUGUCAGAGCAGACCUAAAAAUGGCUGUAUAGUUCAUGGCAAGACAGGACAUCUUAUGUCGUGUUUUACUUGUGCAAGGAAACUGAAAAAGCGGAAUAAACCCUGUCCAGUCUGUAGACAGCCAAUUCAGAUGAUUGUGCUAACUUAUUUUAGUUAGAAGGAACUUCAGCAUAACUGUACAACAAAGCUUCAACAGACCUUCCAUAUAAAUUUCCAUAGACUCUUACAAUUAAGAGAGUAAGAAACUAUUUUUGUAUGUUUAACCAAAAACAUAUUUCGGUUAAUUUUUUUUUUUAUUUUAAUGAAAAGUUGAUGUCUUCAUUAGGCAUUUGGGGAGAUCUUAAAAUACCCAAAUUCCUGAAACUUAUUUCCAUGUUAGGGGAUUUGUCACAACAAGAAUUACACAUCACAAGCAGAUCAGUAAUGACACUUAUUCAACUGUAUAGAAUAUCCAUUCUAAAAUAGUGAAUUUAUUGCUUUUGAGAAAUGAGAGUUCUCAAGUUUCAUUAUUGUGAAAAUCAAUUUUCUUUUGCUCAGUAAGAAUUAAUAGAUUUCAUAAUUUCAACCUUCCCAUCUUUCUACAAAUUCCAGUAUUUGUUCCUUAGUCAAGUCAUUGGGGAAAAUCAGAACUUCUUAAGAAAUCCCUAGGAAAAUCCCUAUUUUGAAAAAUAAAAUUUUGACUUGGUCAUUGCUGAGAAUUCAAUUUAUUUAUCAAAGUAGGUAAAUUGGGGGAAAUAUUUCUGAGACCACUUCAGAUCACCAGAAGAUGUGAAAGUUAGUAAAGAAUUAGAGAGAGUAAUUUAGACCAAAAAUUGGAAUGAGGGAAGAAUGAAAUUAGGGUAGAGACUAGCAUUUUAUUUCAGUAAAACGCAAGUAUACGUUACAGGUGCUAUAAAAAGGAUUACCAUUGAUAAGUAAUUGAUUUGAAUUCAGCUUUGAUUGGUAGUAACUGAAGAUGUUUGUCACGUCACUCCUGUGAAAUGAUUUUGAGACCUAUUUCAUAUGAUUUGGUAGUCUGUCCUGUUGCUAGUAGAUAAGUAACCACAUCAGAGUUUGGCAUAUUUGACUGGCCCAGCAGAGGAGGCCGAGAACUGAAUGGACAUGGUGACUUUAAAAAAAACAAAAUAAAACCACGUUAGCUAUGAAAACACAUUAGUGGAGCAGUGUUGGGGAAGUUUAUACUUCUACUGUACCUGUGUCCAGAGUUGUCAGUGUACCACAUUUCAUGAGCAUUACGUUCGCUUAAAUAAGACCAAAAAUACCAAACCCUUCAGAGAGAGCAAAAACAGCACAGUGAUAUUUUGCAUAAGGGUGGUGUUUUAGUUCAGUAGUUUUUUUUUAAUUGAAUCUGUGAUUCUCUGUUUUUGUAAGGGUUUUUUUGAAUAUUGAAGAGUUGUGAGGUGGUAGAUUGGCCGGUUAUAUAUUGAAAUCAGACUUUAAUAUAAAAUGUUGAUCAAAAUUUUGAUAUUACCUUUUUGGUCAAAAAUGAAAAAUCUGUAAAAUUAAAUAUCCUUAAAACUAGUGUGUCCAGUUCCUUGGUAACUCUUUUCAGUAAUGAAUUUUAAAAAAUCUCACCAUACUUGCCCUUUUCUCCAUCCCCCCCACCCCUCCCAGAUUCUGUCUUGUGAAAUAUCUCUGUACUUUGCAUGUUGCUGAAUAUUUUGUUUGUGGUGAAUUCCAAGAAUGCAGUGAAAGUUUGUAUUUACAUAGAUAUUUUUUUUUUUUUAAAAAAAAUGCUGUUAAGUUACUCAGUUGAACUGGUAUUUUGAGGAUAAAAAUAUAAGGUUUUGGAUCAUUUUGACGAGAA